UUUACGUGUGUGUAUUUGUAUAUAUCGCAUCGUCUAUGUUACUGAAAUAGUUAUUAUUAUAACAAUAACAACAUAACAUAACAAACACAAUGAUACGCCCAAGAGCUACUGCUGCAGCUACUGUUGUUAAUGUUACUGCUUAUGAUGGUGUUGAUAAUGAUGAUACUGUGAUUACAAAUACAAUUACAACAAUACCAACAACAAUAACAAGAACAAGAACAUUAACAAGAAUAUCAACAAUAACAACAGCAACAACAAGAAAGUCAUUUAUUGCUAGACAAACAGCAAUACCACACAGAAUAUCACGUAUUUUUAAUAGUAAAAUGGUUAUACUUUUAACUAUUUGUAUUGCAUUAAUUAUUACUGCAGAUGGUGCUCAUUUAAAGACAGCACGUAGACAUAGAGAUACCAAAUCAACAGCAAAACCUUCUCAGAUAUCAACCACACAUAUCCCGUUACUAGAUACAAAUCCAUGUCUGGUACAUUAUUGCCCUAAAGGGCAAGAAUGUGUUGUGUCAUAUUCAGAAGAGGAUAAUGGUGCAGCACAAGAACGAACGGACGUGAAUAGUGAACAACAACAACUAACUGUAUGGGCUGAAUGUAUAUGUCAACGUUCCUGUGAAGAGGACACUUUACUUACUGCAUCCAGACGAGCACGUCGUCUUGUAUGUGGUUCAGACGGACAUGUAUAUCCUAGCCAUUGUGAACUUCAUCGUGCCGCUUGUCUCUCCGGAAAUCAUAUCACUGUGGAGCAUGGUUCACAUUGUGUUAGUCAUGGUAAAGGCUGGGCACCGGGAUUACAACAUAUCUAUCCAUUUACGGAUGUUACUACAAAUCCAGAACCAAACCAUUCUCCAUCAUUAACCAACAAUAUUAAUAAUAAUAAUAACGAUGAUACUACAACAAUAUCACCAUCAAAUAGUAUUAUAUCAACAAUGACACCAUUAUUGAGUAGUACUGUUAAUCAUGAACCAACCAUAACUACUUCAAAGAUAAUAACCACUUCAAAUGUCAAACCAUUAAAUGACAAUGAUUCAAAGUUUAAAUCUAAAACGGAUUCAUCCGGCGAAGAUAUUUUAGAUAAUGAAAUUGAUGAAGAUAAUGAAAUUGAUGAUGAAGAUUUAGGUGAUGAUCUUGAUUAUGAUAAAGAAGAGUGUACAGUUCAAGAAUAUGAAAUUAUGAAGGAUAAUUUAUUACUGUACAAUCAUGCAAGAUUAAUGUCAAAAGACAAUCACAGUAAGGAUUAUUUAGUCUCAAUCAUGUUCUCACAUUAUGACAUCAACAAUAAUGGAAAUUUGGAGAGUGAUGAACUGAAACAGGUGGCAGACACGGAACAUUUAGAAGCAUUAAGUGGUGCGUGUUCACUAAGUGACAUGGUAAAAUUCGAUGAUUCCGAUCAAGAUUCCCGUUUGAGUAUAAAUGAAUUCUACCUCGCCUUCAGUAAGUUUUACAGUGUUUCGGUGGUUUCUUUAGACAAGGCAUUAGAAACCAAUCAUUUAUCGGCUCGUGUUGGAGAUAAUGUUGAAAUCAAGUGUGAUGUUACCGGAUCACCAUUACCACCAAUUGUUUGGAGACGUAAUGGCAUUGAUUUGGCAUCGUUAAAUGAAGAUGAGGUUCGAGUUUUUAGCGAUGGGAGUUUGUAUUUAACUAAAAUUCAGUUACAUCAUGCUGGCAAUUACACUUGUCAUGCGCAGCGUAAUAAGGAUAUAAUUCAAACGCAUGUUCUGAUUGUCCAUACAAUUCCUGAGGUAAAAGUAACACCGAAAAUUCAAUCAAAACGACCUGGGGAAGAUGCUAUUAUGUAUUGUCAUGUUGUGGGUGAACCCUUUCCAAAAGUAGAAUGGCUGAAAAACGAUGAAUCGCUUCGCCUUGAUUUGCCACAUAAAUAUCAAAUUGUUGGGAAUGGUACUGCGUUAAAAGUACGAAAUAUUGCUUAUGCGGAUACAGGAGCUUAUAUGUGUCAAGCAACUAAUACAGGAGGAUUGACCCGAGAUAUUAGUUCACUAGUAGUCCAAGAACAACCAACUCCAACUGCCACAUUAGAAGAACGAAGAUUUUUUGCAUUCCAUGAAUGGGGUAUUUCAAUUUAUGAACCAUCGACGUGCCGACUCAAUCAUCAAGUACAAGCAACGGAUAUUAUACCCGGUACACAGGAAUAUGUUUGUGGAGAUAAAGGUAUUCCAUGUAGUUGGGGUCGUGCAAUUAAUGUAGCCGAUCGUUACGUGUAUGUAACACAACCCGAACGUGAUCGUGUUUUGAUUAUUUCCAAAAUACAAAUGGUUGUUGUGGAUGUUGUCACUACCGAUAAAUAUCCAGUGGAAUUAUAUUAUGUUCCACAUUUGGAUCAAGUAUGGGUUUUAAAUUGGCGUUCAGAAUUUGAUACUGGAGUUAAAACGAUUCAAGUUAUUCGAGAUGCUGGUCAAAAACGUAAACAUCAUACUGUUCAUCCAGAACCUAUUGAUGGGCAGUUUGAUUUAGUUAAAGGCUUAUAUAUUCCAUCACCAAAUCAGGAACCAACUCAACACGAUUACAAAUACGGCUAUGUAACACAUAGUAACCAGAGAGGACUUUACAAAUUAGAUUUAUCAAAUUUGCGAUAUAUCAGAUCUGUGGAUUUAACACCAUACAACUGUGUUCCAAAUAAUAUCGAAUUCUCGCCAAUAUACGGUCUUGUAAUAUUACAAUGCGUAGAACCAGUUACAAAUAGAGCCACAGGACAAUUACUUUUAGAUUAUUUAACAGAUUCAGUUGUUGGUUCAAAACCAAGUUUAUCUGGUGUACCGUAUGUGUCACCAGAUGCUCGGCGAUUAGUAACACUCGAUCAUACUGAUAAUGGUGCAACAUUGGUUGUCCAGGAAGUUACAGCAACUGGACUGAAAUUCUCUUUUGAUGUAAAGACGUCGUUAAAUAUCAGUGAUCUUACAUUUUAUCCUUCACAAACUACGCACAGCUAUGAUUUAUACUCCAGUGCUAGUGACAAAGAAGAUAUUUUAUUCUUAAACUUACUCUCAGGCAAAGUUGAAAUGAUAACAGGUGUCGGGAAAGCAAUGCCUUCCAGUUUAGCGCAAUGGGGAAAUCCAAAUAGACCUAUCACUGCCUCAGGUCAAUUUGGACAAUAUAUGGUAUCACCUUCCAAUGCAGCACUAUUUGUGGUGAAUGGUCGAACACGAACUGUAAACUGUGAAAUUGGUGGCUUAACACAUCCACGUGCUGUAGUUUGGACAACAUUACAGUAUCACUGAAAUAUUUACAACAUAAAAUAAAUAGUUAUAACCCCAAAACUCAUCAAUCCUUAAACUAUAAAAAAAACAAAAAAAAU